CGCGGGAGGGGCCGAUAGAAAAUGGCGAGUCUGUGCAGGAGGCAGCAAUGCACGAUCGAAAGGCGCGGCUUUCGGCAGGAACUUGAUUCGUGGCGACAUAAACUCAUUCACUGUGUAGGUUUUGAAAGUAUUUUGAAAGGGUUGUUUGGGCCAGGACUAGUAGAUGAUCUUACCUUAUUCAAAGAUUGUGAGCCCGAAGAUGUCUCUGAUUGGUCGUUUGAUGAAAGUUGUAUUUUCUGCUGCUUGAGACGAGAGAAAGUGAAGGAACACUUAACUGGCUUAAGCAACCAGGCUUUGGGAGGAGGAGAACAAACUCUCUGCAGUCAGGAGCAGUCCAAAAUUAACAAGCUUGAGAAGCAAGCAGAGGAGUUCCUCAAUGCUGUCUUUUGCAGAAAAGAGAUCCCUAGCUUCUCAGACCCCCACAUUCCUCUAGUGGCUCGGGAGAUAAUGCAACGAAUGAUCCGGCAGUUUGCCUCGGAAUAUACCUCAAAAAGCAGCUCUUCUCAGGACUCCCUCCAGCCCAACGGCACCAAGGACCAAAGCCUGCCCAAGGCUCUGUCUCUCGGCCUCGCUGGCCCUGUAUCCGCUGCCUCUGCACAGAAUCCCGUUCUCAGCAAGCUGCUCAUGGCGGACCAGGACUCCCCACUGGACCUCACAGUCAAGAAGCCUGAGGUGGAGCCCUGUGAGCAAGAUGGUGUACUGGACCUUUCACUCAAGAAGAGUCGUGCCACAGGCAGCCUGUCGCACAGAAAAUCUCAGGGCUGCCCAGCAACGCCCAUGAAGGGUGAGUCUCUGGACCGGAACCUGGCGAAAGUGCAAGAUCUCCAGUCAACCUCCACGCUGGAGCAGUUCAUGGCUAAGCUGUGUCUCCACCACCAACGGCAGAUCGUUGAUGCUUUGGGGUUCCUGCAAACUGAGGUCAAGGCUGUGGGCUCCUCCUGUUGUCCAGGGCCAUCUGCCUCAAAAGCAACCCUUGAGGUAACUGCAGAAGCAGACUGUAGCCCAGGCCCCCAGCAGGAAAAUACUGAUUGCCCAUCUGGAGAAACAGCUACUGCAGUCACCACCUCUUCUGCAAGAAGUGUGAGCCACUCUCUAGAAAUGGCCAAUCUACCAAACACCAACAAUUCACCUGUCCAACAGCUGACCCCUGAGAAUGCAGGUCGCACAGACACCCCUUGUGAGAGUUGUAUGCCACUGAAACUGUCUGAUCCUGUGGACCUGCGUAAAGUGACACCUGGGAACAGCACCAGUGAAAGGGAGAACAUACAGCAAGAUAACCUGCUGUUGUUGGCAAGGAAAAGUACAAGCUCUAGUAGUCUGACUGAAGCGAAGAAAUAUCAAAUGCUUGCUAGCUCCUGUCAUACUCCUGUUGGCACUUUAGAUGAGCGGCAGUGCAAUCCUGAAACUAUCUUGCAUCCAGUCAGGGAUGAACUAAGUCUUGAAGAACUCAGUCUGCCUAUUGGAAGUCGUGAUCAUCCCUACCACACCGAGCAAAGAGCCUUGUCUGGAAUUACCAAAGAUUUGUUCGCCAGUCCUUGCCCUGCUAAGAACGCCACAAAACCAUCAGCUCCAGCCUCCCCCAGGACGGCUCGGAAAAGCAGCAGAGGGACUUAUCCUAGGCCCAGGCAUCCUGUCUGCCAGAUAAUAAAUGACCCAGACAGUCAUUGUGACAUUGUGUACAUCAGCAAACCUAUAACUGAGUGUGAGCUUCAGCCUCCAAAUCGCAUGAACACUCGCCAUAAUGCUCGUAAGAGUACAAGAGGCUAUGCAUAUAAUGAAGAAAUCUGUGAGCUGAAAACUGUCCGUACACUGGCUGGGAAACCUGGCACCAACAACAAGGGCAAUGCUCCUGCUCCAGUGCUGGAGACCAGCACAUCCGUUACCCCAAAACAGGCGCUUUCUAAGCCAGAGAGUGUUCCCCCUGUCGAUAUACCCUUUGCUGGAGGCUGUGGGGAAGCAUUUGGUCCAAACGCAACCUCGGAGCAACCCGUGGAGAAGGAUAUAGCUGGAGAUGAUGUGGCAUCGGUCAGAGAGGCAGACUUGAUAGUUGAAACCAGUCAGACUGGCCAGCCUCCUUUCAGAGAGAAGACAACCCCACAUCCGCAUGUUCUCUCAUCUUCUGUUAACCAACAAACCAUAGAGAUGUCGACAGAUGGGCAGCAGCAGCAGAAGUCACCAGCAGAAGAGAUUGUGAAUAGUAAUGAUGGUCAACCUGAAGUUAUGCAGACAGUGCUGCCACCGAGUGAUUUACCAGAUCUUGAUUUAGCAGCAGGUGAGGAAAUUGCCUCAGAGGGUGAGGCCGAAAAUUGUUCCAGUGAGCUUCAGUCAAGUCCAAGGCCAACAUCUCCCAUUUUGGCCACAGAGGACUCUGUUAAGUCAGAGUGCACUAGGACCAGCAGUGACCUAAGCGAACAGGAUCAAGGUCCUGAAGCUCCUUUGGCUGAGGAACAGGAAUUAUCGAAGGAUCAGGAAUUAUCAAUGCAUGCUGAGAAAGAGACCCUCACAGUGAUUGAAGCAGAGCAUGUUGAAAAAGAGAACUUAGAGGAGCAGGAAACAAUUAGUGUUGAUCCUGUUUCCAGGACAACAAAUAGCAUGGUGCCAGAGGAAAGCAUGGGAGAUGCAGUGGGUGAGAUUGUUGGAGUAGAAGCUGUGAAAGAAUUGUCUAUGGAGAUAAAGCAAUCGAAGCAUCCUGAAAAUGAAGGCAGUCAAGCGGAGGUUGCUGUCAUCCCCCCUGAAAUUACAGUUCCAAAACGGGUCAGUAGCCGAGACAUUGCUCCAUCUGACCGGUGUUUACGGCGGAGGCCACAGCCAAUCAGCUCAGAACCAACAAAGGUUUCCAAGACUAAUCCGGUAACACCCCAUCUGCCUCAGGUCCAAGACUCUCCAGUUAACCAACUUAAAAUGUUUGGACACGCACGCCCCCUUAGAUCCAUAAAACAACCAGCAUUCGUCACUUCGCGUGAUGCCGUACUGCAGUGCACUGAAGAGAUGCCUGUCGAUAAACCUCAGCUAUCUUCUGAAGUUCAAUCCCAUACACAAGUAGUGGAUAAUAUGGUGCAAACAAGACACAAGGCCAUGUUGGCCAAACAACUGGGGAAUGAGGAGGGAAGUCCAAGCAGUAAAGCAGCGCCUGCUGCUGCAGCUGGCUCUAGUACAGAGAUGGUUGGCCUGACGAUACCUAACCAACAAGCCUACUUGAAGGAAAAGCCAGCAAAAGCCACUUCUGUGGAAAGCAGCAUUCCUAGUGAUUGCAGCAUGUCUGUAGAAAACACUUCAGGCACGUGUAGGAAAAUUCCCUUGACGAGGGAGAGAAGCAGGGGUGGAAUGUCUUCUAAACCCAUGAGGUUUGCAACUCUCAUGAAGCACAAGAAGCUGGUCCUCAGAUCUCAGAGGUGUGCUACACUGGUAGCUGCUGACACAAAGGUGGAGAGUGAACAGGAUCAGGCAGACCCUGACAUUAAAACCAGAGCAGAGAAAGCUUCCCUUUCACAGCCCCAGAAAAGGGACCUUGAUCCUUUCGGACUGCAGAAGCUUAACCUCUCUAUGCCAAAUCCACCAAAGUUUCUCGAAGCACUAAGAGGGGAGGAAAACCAGCCACAAAUAAUGAGCCUGAACACCAAGUAUGAUAAGAUGCAGAGAGGUUGGGUCCAACUGGACAAAGAAGGACAGCCAGCACAGCGGCCCAAAAACAGAGCAGACCGCUUGAAAGAGAUCUGGAAGAGCAAGCGUAGAGUUCGCAAGCCAAAGCCUUUGGAUCAGCAGAAGUACUCUCCUGUGCAGAUGCUGUUCAUGAAGACAUUUGACCUGACCAGCAUUUGCCGAUGGUUUCUACAGACAACAGAGACGAAAUCCCUUGUGAUUGUCAAGAAGGUGAACACCCGCCUCCCGUCUGAGACUCAACUCUGCUUUCACAGUUCCUCGGCCACAGCCGGCUCUACCCAUGGAGUCUAUUCAAGCCUGCAAGCCGAGCGCUUGAAAAAGCACCUAAAGAAAUUUGCUGUGGCGUCCCCUGUGAAAAGCAAUGCUAAGAACCAAAAGCUCAUUGCAAAAGCUUUGGAGCAGGAGGUCCCUUGUAGCAAAGCGAAGGACAAGGUCAAAGAGCUGACCUCUGCCACCCGAAUCUCCACCAAACCCUACAGUAAUCCUCAUAAGCUGGAAGUACAAGCUGCAGAAAGCCAGAAGGCUGCUGUUGCCAUAAAGAGUCCUGCCAGUGCCCGGAUUCUUCGAAAGUAUUCCAAUAUUAGAGAGAAGCUACAUGUUCAGCAGCAUGCACUCAAGCCUAAAGAGAUCGCUGUAGAAGACCUCAAAAGUACCUGUAUCAAACCUCUGCUAUCCCCAAAGCUCAUCUCCAAACCAAAAGCAUUGCCAGACCAUGGAAAAAAGAUUGUCCCUGCUGGAGAAAAUGGUGGAAAGGAGCUAUCCACUGCAAGCAAAAAUGUGAAAGUUAAUUCCCCUCCUUCCAGUAAAAGAGACACUUUGAAGAAGGCUGUCAAGGAGAAAGGAACCAAGAGCAGCAGCAGAAAAUCAUUACAAAUUUUGUGUAAAAAAGGCCGCAAGACACCGAAGAGGGCAUCAUCGGCUGCUUCCAGACCAAGGAAACCUUCUGCUAGUUCUCUACCUGCUUCAGGACUCAAACGCAGAGUUGCAGUUCCAACCAGGGCAAGCAAGGUUACUAGAGAGCAAAAGCACGGGAUUGUAAAAUCUGUGCCGCCGAAAGCCAGGGACUCAAAAUUACAGGUGAAAACGGCCCUGAGAAAUAAAGUGCUGGAGAGCGAGACUUUGCAGCUGCAGAGACCCGAGGCUAUGCUUUCACCCUCUCAAGACCAGGUACUGACACGGUCUCAGAGGAAGAUGGAGACCGUAACAUCGGCGGGUACCGUGUCAAGACCUUCCCUAAAGCGUACCCAGGAGCCCCUGCCAACACCCACCAAACGUACCAGAACACUGCUUUUAAAAUAAAAAUGUUUGUGCAUUAAAAUAGACUGCUAUCACAAACACGUCAUCAAUUGGAGCUUGACCAGGCUAUUGUUGGACUGGCAAAUUACUUUUUUGUGACUUUAAAUUACUGCAUUUGAAAAAUUACUUUUAUGGGUGUGGGGGGGAGGGGUGGGUUGGUGAAGAACAGAUCAAUCCUGGCUUUGCUUUUGUUAAGCUUCAGUAGGAAGAUGCAAAAAGAAAAAGGUGGUGAUGGUAUUUAAACUCACUUCGGAUGCGCGUGCGUUCGCCAUGUAUGCUUACUGUGUGACGUGUGUGUGUGCGUGCGUGCGCGCGCGUGUGUAUAUUUGAGAGAGAGCGCAAACGGGUGCUGAAGCCCGGGUGCGGUGCUGCUGAGGAAUACACUCCUCUUGUUUUGUAUUACACACUGCUUUGCAAUCAGAAGAAGAGUACAGAUUAUAUAAAUCGGGUGCCUUAUCAAUAUUUAAAGUAAUAAGAUAUGUAGCUUAAGACAAGUGUCGCUCCUCAACUUGUUGCACAAACACAUGGACUGUGAGGGGCUGCAGGGUAAAGUAGGCCCGCCCACGCACAUGGCCCUCCCCGGAACCCCCAUCUGUCUUCCUGCAUGAGAUCUGCUCUAGUUCCCUCGUCUGUGACUGCUUCUCAUUUUACUUUGAUGUAUAGUGGCAGCAACAGUUGUCUGUAAAGUUUCGUUUUUUUUUGGCUUGAACUGCCCUGAUAGAACCCAUUCAGUUAAACACAGCUUCCCCCCCUAAGCCUAACCCCCCCCUAAUUGUUCCAGUUUGUCAUAAACCUGUAUUAGAACUGUGAUGACUGUGUAUGUGAUUAAUGUGGUUCCGUUCCUUGUUUGAUUCUUAUGCACUGUUUGCGUUUCCUCCCUUUUUGAGCAUUAAGUAUUUGAAUUUGCCUCCAUGUUGGGGUUCAGUGUCAUUUCCUCCAGCUGUUUCUCCCUUUCAUGUUUCUCAUUUGAUGUUGUAUGGUGAUGCUAUAUUCCAUGGGGUGAAAGUUGUGGGUUUUGAAGGAUGGCCAGGGGUUUAAGGGUUUGCUGCUUGGAAAUGUGUUUUCCUGAUCAGCAUGCACUGCACACUUGGCUGGAUGAGCAAAAACGCAUUGGUCGGCACAAAUGGGUCAAUUUUAAAAUCCAGGUAUCGGUGCUUGUGAGGCAACUUUCACCGCCAUGAGAAAGACUUCAGUCUCCUUCCUCUUUCAGCCGUUUCCUCCAUAGUCUGUUCCUUUACAUCUGACUUGUAUGCCUUUCCUUAGAUAAGCUUAAAUUAAUGCAUGUGCAGCUUAGAUGAGGCUGAAUCUAUGCAUGUUCAGUGUUUCCUUUACCUACCUUUAUGUUUGCAGACCUUGUGGUGACAUGAACAUUUGUUUCCUGUGUUUAGUGUGUUUGGCAUAAACAAAUGGAAAAACUGUUUGUAUGUGCGAUACAUUUUCAACAGUGGUUGGAGGCAGCUGAUUCACUUUGUUUUCUCAGUCAGUUGAAGCAUUUCUCAGUCUUCUUCCCUGGAUUUACACCUGUCUUUUGCACCGAAAAAGCUACCGGCAUAUACUCUACCUAACAGGAAUACCUGAAGUGUAGUAAUACAUUUUUAAAAAACAUGGCAUCUUCAGGGAGUGAAUACCUGGGAAUGUGUGCCCAAAGAAGUGGUGCAUUAUGGGAAGGUGGAAGAUAUACAUAGGGUUAUAAUGGUGAAUUAUAGUACUUGGAAUAGGUGGUAAUAUUCCAAACAUGUGGCGACACUUGUGUGUAAAGCAGGACUGCUGUGAAUGAAAAACUUUGAGAUGUGUGUUCCCCUCAGAAAGGAUUGCAGCACACUAGCUAAACUGAAAACCCUUCCAGUCUGGCAAUGUUUCUGAAAAACUUAUUUUCCCAGGUUCUACUUAGGAACUGCAAUGUAAUAUUCAGCUGAAGUGUGGGAUAUAUAUAUAGCAGCACAAUUCCAAUUGAAGAUAUUUUUCAAGGAGAAAUUAUUAGGUUUUCUAUGGUUAAAAAAAAAAAAACUUUCAGAAAAUCCUGGGUCUGCAGUUCAAAUAUUCCAAUAAUACCCAAUUUGGUCAACCACAGUGCUUAGCCAUAGCCAUGCUUAAAAAGAAAUGGACAGAAUAAGACUGUGAUGCUUUCUGCCAUAAUUUGUCAGUUCAUAAAAUUGUAAAACUCUAGGUUGUUUAGUAUUGAAUUUUACUUAUAUAUUUUUUCCAUUAUCGCUAGAGCUCAAUGUUUUGCAGCAGGUUGAAGUGGCGCCAAAUCUAACUUGAACAAGGAUUUGUUCCUCAGCCUUUCACAUUUGUAUUUUUUUUUCUUUAGUUUGUACUGUAUAUUAAACACCCAGACUUAUUUAUAUGAAUCCUAAGAAUAAUGCGUCUUACAGGUUUGUGUCUGUGGACUGGACAGAUAUAAACUAUUCUUUUCCAUUUUAAAAACUUGCAUUGGACCCUUUUAUUUUUUAACGUGUCACCAUAUUUAUGGUUUUCUUUUUAUUUUAAAGAAUAUUUAUUGUAUUUUGAAAGCAUAUGUACCAUUAUACAUAUCUUACAGUGUGUAUAUCAAUCUUAAAAGGAAGCAACUCUCCAGAAAUCCUGCUCCAUAACAGAUGCAUUAAUUUAUUAAAAUGAAGCUGAUAAAAAUAUUUUUGGGGGCAAGCAACACAAAGAUAAAAAAAUAAAUAAUUGUGGACAUCAAUUUUAAAAUAUGCCAGUGUUAUUUUGUUUUCUGAUUGAGAUGUGUUGCUGAAUUUGAGGAAUAAAUUUUAGUAGAAAAAUUAGUACA